AUGCACUUCACGUGGGACAUCUUCCCGCCAGCAGGAAAUCCAGAUCCAGAUCUGGCCUGGCAGGUGCAAGCUCUCUUCCGCGGGGGGCGUCUCCUGAGGCUGGCCCCCACACGGCAGGCUCAGGUGGCCCUCAGCCGCGACGACCCGAGCCGGGGCCAAGGCACUGAUUCCGGCAGCGAGGUGCUCCCCGACUCCUUCCCCUCGGCGCCGGCUGAGCCCCUGCCCCACUUCCUGCAGGAGCCACAGGAUGCCUACAUCGUGAAGAACAAGCCCGUGGAGCUGCGCUGCCGUGCCUUCCCCGCCACACAGAUCUACUUCAAGUGUAACGGCGAGUGGGUCAGCCAGAAUGACCACGUCAUGCAGGAGGGCCUGGAUGAGGCCACGGGCCUGCGGGUACGAGAGGUACAGAUCGAGGUGUCGCGGCAGCAGGUGGAGGAGCUGUUCGGGCUGGAGGAUUACUGGUGCCAGUGCGUGGCCUGGAGCUCCGCGGGCACCACCAAGAGUCGCCGGGCCUACGUCCGCAUCGCAUACCUGCGCAAGAACUUCGAUCAGGAGCCUCUGGGCAAGGAGGUGCCCCUGGACCAGGAGGUUCUCCUACAGUGCCGCCCACCAGAGGGCGUGCCUGUGGCUGAGGUAGAAUGGCUCAAGAAUGAGGACAUCAUCGACCCCACCCAGGACACCAACUUCCUGCUCACCAUCGACCACAACCUCAUCAUCCGCCAGGCCCGCCUGGCAGAUACGGCCAACUACACCUGUGUGGCCAAGAACAUCGUGGCCAAGCGUCGCAGCACCACUGCCACGGUCAUUGUCUUCGUGAACGGUGGCUGGUCCAGCUGGGCGGAGUGGUCACCCUGCUCCAACCGCUGCGGCCGUGGCUGGCAGAAACGUACACGGACCUGCACCAACCCGGCCCCGCUCAACGGAGGCGCCUUCUGCGAGGGCCAGGCCUUCCAAAAGACCGCCUGCACCACCGUGUGCCCAGUGGACGGAGCGUGGACGGAGUGGAGCAAGUGGUCAGCCUGCAGCACUGAGUGUGCCCACUGGCGCAGCCGCGAGUGCAUGGCGCCCCCGCCCCAGAACGGAGGCCGAGACUGCAGCGGGACCCUGCUCGACUCCAAGAACUGCACCGACGGGCUGUGCAUACAGAAUAAGAAAACUCUAAGUGACCCCAAAAGCCACCUGCUGGAGACCUCGGGGGACGUGGCGCUGUACGCGGGCCUCGUGGUGUCCAUCUUCGUCGUCGUGGGCGUCGUCAUGGUGGUGGGGGUGGUGGUUUACCGCCGCAACUGCCGGGACUUUGACACGGACAUCACCGACUCGUCGGCUGCCCUCACUGGCGGCUUCCACCCCGUCAACUUCAAGACUGCAAGGCCCAACAAUCCACAGCUCCUGCACCCAUCCGUGCCUCCGGACCUCACGGCCAGUGCCGGCAUCUACCGCGGGCCCGUGUAUGCCCUGCAGGACUCCGCCGACAAGAUCCCCAUGACCAACUCGCCCCUGCUGGACCCCCUGCCCAGUCUCAAGAUCAAGGUCUACAACUCCAGCACCACCGGCUCGGGGCCAGGCCUGCCAGAUGCGGCUGACCUGCUGGGGGUCCUGCCGCCCGGCACGUAUUCCGGCGACUACACCCGGGAUGCCCACUUACUGCACCUGCGCAGUGCCAGCCUCGGCUCCCAGCAGCUCCUGGGCCUGCCCCGAGACCCGGGGAGCAGCGUCAGCGGCACUUUUGGCUGCCUGGGUGGGAGGCUCAGCAUCCCGGGCACAGGGGUCAGCCUGCUGGUACCCAAUGGAGCCAUCCCCCAGGGCAAGUUCUACGAGAUGUACCUCCUUAUCAACAAGGCAGAAAACACCCUCCCAACCUGGGAGGUGGUGACCCUGGACGAGGAAACCCUGAACACGCCCUGCUACUGCCAGCUGGAGGCCAGGUCCUGCCACAUCCUGUUGGACCAGCUGGGCACCUACGUGUUCACGGGUGAGUCCUAUUCCCGCUCGGCAGUCAAGCGUCUCCAGCUGGCCAUCUUCGCCCCUGCCCUCUGCACCUCCCUGGAGUAUAGCCUCAGGGUCUACUGCCUAGAGGACACGCCCGUAGCACUGAAGGAGGUGCUGGAACUGGAGCGGACCCUGGGUGGCUACCUAGUGGAAGAGCCAAAACCCCUGCUGUUUAAAGACAGUUACCACAAUCUGCGCCUGUCUCUGCACGACAUCCCCCAUGCCCACUGGAGAAGCAAGCUGCUGGCCAAGUACCAGGAGAUCCCCUUCUAUCACAUUUGGAGUGGCAACCAGAAGGCCCUGCACUGCACCUUCACCCUGGAGAGGCACAGCCUGGCCUCCACAGAGCUCUCCUGCAAGAUCUGUGUGCGGCAGGUGGAAGGAGAGGGCCAGAUCUGCCAGCUGCACACCACGCUGGCAGAGACACCUGCUGGCUCCCUGGACGCCUUCUGCUCUGCCCCUGGCAGCACGGUCACCACCCAGCUGGGACCCUACGCCUUCAAGAUUCCACUGUCCAUCCGCCAGAAGAUAUGCAACAGCCUGGAUGCCCCCAACUCGCGGGGCAAUGACUGGCGGCUAUUGGCGCAGAAGCUCUCCAUGGACCGGUACCUGAACUACUUUGCCACCAAAGCGAGCCCCACGGGUGUAAUCCUGGACCUCUGGGAAGCUCUGCAGCAGGAUGACGGGGACCUCAACAGCCUGGCGAGUGCCUUGGAGGAGAUGGGCAAGAGUGAGAUGCUGGUGGCCAUGGCCACUGACGGGGACUGCUGA